ACCCGACCUAAAUGAAAUAUAGGUGUUAAAUAGAUUUCAUUAUAAUUUUCCAUAUGGCUCACUGAGAUGAAAUAGUUUUGUGGUGGGUGAGAAGAAGAAAAAGAAUCACCGUAUGCAGAAAAAUAAGUUCUCUGCAAAGUCUCUUCAACAAACAACAAACUCUGCUCUCAGCAAUGAACUCUCUCGAGUUUAUAUAAAAGCAUGCAUUGCUGUUAAAGAAACAUAGAAUUAUUGGUGGAGUAGUAGGUUUGGCGGGAGCAUGAUAGAUUAGACUUAUUGAUGGAGUAGUAGGUUUGGCGGGAAGAACAAACAGACCUCAAUAAGCAUGAUAGAUGAGAGAUGAUGGUAAGAUGCCAUCCUAUAAAGAAAAAGUAGUUCUUGCCAAACCUACUUGUCUGGCUUUUUCCACAACCCAAAAUAGAAUUCAACACCCAGUUUCUCAUAUAGGAGAGGGAAGGGUAACGAACGAAAAGAAACCGAAAGAGAGAGAAAGCCAAAGCUCAAACCCUUGAAACCAGAUUCACAUUAGGGGAUGUGAUUCAGCAAAGAAACACCACGAUGACACGUAACUUUUAAAAUAAAAAACUAAAUUAAGAUUUGUCAUUGAGGAUAAAAUUCGCUGCUAAGCCUAAUAAUAGUAAUAAUAUUUGGAAAUGGUUUCUUCACAGCUUAAAAUACAGUCGAAGCUCACCAGUCAGACAGGCAAUCUGUAACACUGCUCCCACACCCGAAUCGCACGAAAAUCGCCACCACCAUCAGUUAAUCAAAAUUAGAUGGAUAACAAUAAUUGGAGACCUAAUCAAAGCAAUGAAGCCAAUAUGGAUACUAGUGAUUGGAGAGGUGGGUUGCAGCAAGAAUCACGCCAAAGAAUUGUCAACAAAAUAAUGGACACGUUAAAAAGACAUCUUCCUGUUUCUGGUCAAGAGGGAUUGCAUGAACUUCAGAAGAUUGCUCAAAGGUUUGAAGAGAAGAUUUUUACUGCUGCAACAAGCCAGUCUGAUUAUCUACGAAAAAUAUCUUUGAAGAUGCUUACCAUGGAGACUAAAUCCCAGGGCAGCAUGGCCAAUGCUCCAAAUCAAGGUGGUCCAAGUAAUAAACCUCCCGAUCCAGGGCUUGUAAUUCCACCUCAAGUUCACAAUCCUGGGCAGCAACAUUCUAUUCCUAUGCCCAAUCAAUCCCAGGCACGCCAACAGCUUAUGCAAAAUAAUAUUGCAUCUCAAUCAUCGGGUUUAACCCAGACUCCUAUCCAAAAUGUUGGCCAGAAUAAUCCUAACAUGCAGAAUAUACCUGGACAGAAUUCAGUGGGGAACACCAUUAGCCAGAAUUCCAACAUGCAAAAUAUGUUUGCUGGUUCCCAGAGACAAAUUCAAGCAAGGCAGCAGGUUGUUCCCCAACAACAGCAGCAAUCACAAAAUUCACAGCAAUUUCUGUAUCAGCAACAAAUUCAACAUCAGCUUAUAAGGCAGAAGUUCCACCAGCAGCAGCAGCAGCAGCAGAAUCUUCUACAACCAAAUCAACUGCAAUCUUCUCAGCAACCUGUCAUUCAAACAUCAUCUGUUAUGCAGCAGGCUCCCAUGAUGCAGACAUCUCUACCUAGCAUUCAGCACAAUCAACAAUCUAAUAAUGUUCAACAAUCAACACAGUCUGUGCUUCAGCAACACUCCCAAGUUAUCAGGCAACAACAACCACAGCAAACUUCAAUCAUUCAUCAGCAGCAAACACCAAUGACUCAACAAUCAAUAUUACCUCCACAACAACAACAACAACAACAGCUUAUGGGCGCACAGGGAAAUGCCUCAAACAUGCAGCAUACCCAAAUACUUGGGACACAAAGUAAUAAUGUUAGUGAUUUGCAGCAACCACAACAGAGGUUACUUGCACAACAGAACAAUCUCUCCAACCUGCAACAGCAACAAUUAAUAAAUCAGCAAAACAACCUAUCAAAUAUGCAUCAACAGUUGGGUAAUAAUGUCCCUGGGUUACAGCCACAGCAGGUCUUAGGACCUCAAUCUGGCAACUCAGGUAUGCAAACAAGCCAGCACUCUGCACACGUGCUACAACAAUCACAGGUUCAAAUUCAAUCACAAUCUCAACCAAAUGCAUCAAAUUUGUUACCAUCUCAAGUGCAGCAGUCACAGACACAGGCUCCACAACAUCAAUUGAUGCCACAGAUUCAAUCUCAGCCUGCACAAUUGCAACAACAGUUGGGUUUGCAACAGCAACCAAAUUCCUUGCAACGAGAUAUGCAACAAAGGCUUCAAGCCUCAGGUCCCUUACUUCAGCAAUCAACUGUUCUUGAUCAGCAGAAGCAGUUAUAUCAAUCACAAAGACCCCUUCCAGAAACUUCAUCAACUUCUCUGGAUUCAACAGCACAGACUGGCCAGUCAAGUGGGGGUGAUUGGCAAGAAGAAGUUUAUCAAAAGGUAAUAUCCUAUUUUCUAAUCAUCUUUCAGGAUUCUCUUCCACAACAACCAAAGUCAGAGCAGCUUGAUAAGCUGAAGGUGUAUAAAAUGAUACUGGAGCGAAUUAUAACAUUCCUUCAGGUUUCCAAGAGUAAUAUCUCACCUAGUUUCAAGGAGAAACUGGGUUCAUGUGAGAAGCAGAUUAUUAAUUUUAUAAAUACAAAUAGGCCUAAGAACAGCUCUUGGCAAUGUCAUCAAAAACACUUAUGUUCUGCUGUUAGUGACAUUGGUUCAGUUGUAAGCAUGAACGAUAGGAUAGCAGGAUCAGCACCAGGUAAUGGAUCCAGAGCUGCUGUGGGUGAAGAUUUGGUUGCUAUGACUAAUUGUCGCCUUCAGGCAAGAAAUUUUAUCGCACAAGAUGGUGCCAAUGGAACUAGGAGGAUGAAGCGCUACACUUAUGCAACACCCUUGAAUGUUGUAUCUUCUGCGGGUAGCAUGAAUGAUAGUGUCAAGCAGUUAACUGCUUCUGAGGUCUCUGAUUUGGAUUCAACUGCAACAUCUAGAUUCAAGAUGCCAAGGGUUGAGAUACUAUUGUUUUUCGUCGUUAUGAUUUAUUUAAUGUUAAAGAACAUGAACUGAGGAAAGAACGGAAAAAAUUUAAACUGAUUAAUGGUUUAAUGUGUCUAAAAUGCAUGCGAUGGAAACUAGAUUUCAGAACAUGCCUGAUUAUAUAUGGAUAAGUUAUUUUAUUCAAA